GUAGGACAAUUGGAGUUUGGUGCGUUGAAUUUGGAGAAGACCAGAGUGAAGGUAGAAGAGAAGAGAGGGUUUGUGUUUUCGUAAAAUCUCGAAGAUCUGAGAGAAUGGCUCGGUCUAGCAGCAAGGACGCUCAAGACCUUUUCCGUGCUCUUUGGUCUGCUUAUGCUGCAACGCCUACUAAUCUCAAGAUCAUCGAUCUCUAUGUCCUCUUCGCUGUCUUCACCGCCCUCAUUCAGGUAGUUUACAUGGCUUUGGUGGGAUCGUUUCCAUUUAACUCUUUCCUAUCAGGAGUACUUUCUUGUGUAGGAACUGCUGUUCUGGCUGUUUGUCUCCGGAUCCAAGUGAAUAAAGAGAAUAAGGAAUUCAAGGAUCUUGCACCUGAACGCGCUUUUGCAGAUUUUGUUCUCUGCAAUUUGGUGCUUCAUUUGGUGAUCAUGAAUUUCCUUGGUUAAAUUGGGUUUGUGUGGCUGUUGUUUCUGAUUGAACCCUUGGAUAAAAAAAAUGAAUAGUAUACCUAGAGAUUUUGCCAUUUAUGUUGAUUCCCCAUUCCCCCUCACCAUUUUUGUAUCUCUGUUUUGAACGUAGAGAUUUUGCCAUCUUUUGAAGUUCAAACUACUUUUGAAUGGUGACUACAGAAGGUGUCCACAUGGAUAUCUAAAUCUUAAAGAUGCCAAGUUGUAGUCACAAGAAAUUUGUAAUUUUUUCGGUGAGAUUAAAUUUUCGGACA